AUGCCUCCAACUUCGUUCUUUGGAAGCUUCAACUCACUUCGAUUCUCAAAGCACAGAAACUUUAUGGCUUUGUUGAUGGAUCCACAGAAGCCUGAUCAAUUCUUGACUUCUUCUUUUUCAACAAUUACUGAUUCCGGUUCUACAAUUACACAGACAAUCAGUCCUGCGUUCGAUGAUUGGAUAGCCAAGGAUCACUCGUUGAUGACUUUAAUCAACGCUACGCUCUCCUCUGCCGCCUUAGCAUAUGUUGUUGGUUGCAAAUCUUCACAACAAGUUUGGGAAACGUUGUACAUUCAACGAAUUAAAGAACUUAAAGACAAAUUGGCCAAUGUCUCAGUUCUCGUGGAUGAUGAAGAUCUGGUAAUUUACACCUUGAAUGGACUUCCGUCUGAGUUCAAUACUUUUCGUACUUCAAUGCGAACUCGCUCGCGACUGAUAUCGUUCGCCGAACUCCAUGUUCUUCUCAAUUCUGAGGUUGUUGCUAUCGAUAAACAGUCAAAGAGUGAUGAUUUGUUUGUACAACCUGCUGCUUUGGUUGUGAAUUCUGGUUCAAACUCACAGGUACGAAAUCAGAAUUUGAAUCCUAAUUACACCAAAGGUCGAACUUCUAAUGGCGGUAAGCCCAAAUUUGCCGCUUCUGGUGAUUCCGCUGCCACCAGAAUUCUCUGUCAGAUCUGUUUCAAGGUUGGCCAAACUGCUAUCGACUGCUAUAACAGAAUGAACUACAAUUUUCAGGGUAGGCACCCUCCUGCUUAA